AUGGCCUCCUUUCCGACCGCCGUGCGGUCAACCCAGAAGGUUGCGCACAAUGUCCUGAGAAGGCAGCCCCUCCACGACAUCGCCAUCACCCGUACCGGCAAGCCCAUCCUGCGAACCCAGGGCGGAAGAUCCUCUCUCGGUGCUCGUCAAGGAUGCACCGUCGUCAUCCCCUACCGCGAGGAGAUGGCCAAGCGUCACUUGAAGGUUGCUGGUGAUCUUGGACGUGUUGUCUUCAUGGAGUACGACCUCCGCAACACCGAGUCAAUCGAGGCGAGCGUCAGACACUCGGACGUUGUCUACAACCUUGUCGGCCGCAACUACCCCACCAAGAACUUCACUCUGGAAGACGUUCACGUCGAGGGAACUGAGCGGAUAGCCGAGGCUGUUGCCAAGUACGACGUGGACCGCUUCAUCCACAUGUCCAGUUACAAUGCCAACUUGGAGUCUACUUCCGAGUUCUACCGCACCAAGGUCAGCCGAAGGAAGGCCCGCGGUGAGCAGGUCGCUCGUAGCAUCUACCCCGAGACCACUAUUGUGCGACCGGCACCGGUCUUCGGUUUCGAGGACAACCUUCUCCUGAAGCUUGCCAGCGUUAUGAACCUCUUCACUGCCAACAACAUGCAAGAGAGAUUCAGACCCGUCCACUCUAUCGAUCUCGGCCAAGCUCUUGAGCUGAUGCUCUACGACGACAGCACGGCUGGCCAAACAUACGAGCUUUACGGUCCCCAGGAGUACUCCAUGGCCGAGAUCGCUCAGUUCGCCGACCGUGAAAUCUUCAAGAAGCGCCGCCACAUCAACGUUCCCAAGUCCGUUCUCAAGCCUGUUGCUGGGCUCCUGAACAAGUACCUCUGGUGGCCCACUAUGUCUGCUGACGAGGUUGAGCGUGAGUUCAUCGACCAGGAGAUUGACGAGUCGGCCAAGACUUUCAAGGAUCUCGGCAUCGAGCCCGGUGACAUCAGCAAGUUCACGUACCACUACUUGCAAGGUUUCCGUAGCGCCAACUUCUACGACCUGCCCCCUGCGACAGAGAAGGAGAAGAAGGAGGAGCGCAAGUAUUUGCACGUUCUUGACGACCAGUGA